CUAAAAUACAGAGGAUAGGGGCCUGGCCUCCAGGUUGGGGGACCACUGUUCUAGAGCAUGUAAGUCCCCUGAACUACAUUUCCUCACUCUACAAGAGAAAACGGCUGUUCUGUUAAUAAAGGGAGAUGAAAUAACCCUGACGGGGAUGAAAGUAUAACUGAAACCACAUUUCCCAUUUAUUGUCACUCAGCGUCUGAAUCGCAGCUUUCCACACACCACGCAUUCGGCGGGGGGGGGGGGCUCGGGCUCUUGUGAAAUUGCUGGUGAUUUCAAAGCUCCUCGCAUUUCACGGAGCAGUUUGUAAUGUCAUAUCCUGCGCUCUCCAGGGAAUGUCUCAGCUCGUGCUGGGCUGAGUGGUCCUGCGUCAUUCAGACCAGACAACUCCUCCGACUGGGUCAUGAGGUGGCUGGGGCUGUGCGCGGAUGUGACACGGGGUUAUUAAAGCAGCAUGUGGCAGUCACUGCGGUGGUGGUGGUGGUGGUGAAUUGUGAAACGUGGGGUCGAGUUCCAACAAAAAGCAUCUGCGAGCCUGGGAGAUCCUAGCGAGGAAAAGGGGGGGAAAGGGCAACACUGAGGAACCGUCUGUGGUUGGGUAACGGAAGGCUGCCGAAUCCUGCGAUGCCAGAAGAAGCUCUUAAGGACGCCAUGAGAACACCUGCGACCCCAGAGAAGGCCAAUAACAAUGAGCGCCCUGCUGCAACCGCGACGGCGGUGAACAUCCCCCUGGUCAAUGAGGUCCAGCUGACAGCAGCCACCGGCGGGGCGGAGCUGUCCUGCUAUCGCUGCACCGUCCCGUUCGGCGUGGUGGUGCUCAUCGCGGGCAUCGUGGUCACCGCCGUGGCUUACAGCUUCAACUCGCACGGAUCCACCAUCUCCUACUUUGGCCUGGUGCUCCUCUCGGCCGGAGUGGUGCUCCUAGCGUCCAGCGCCGUCUGCUGGAAGGUGAGGCUGGAGAGGAAGAAGGAGAGGCGACGGGAGAGCCAGACCACUCUGGUCGCCAACCAGAGGAGCAUUUUUACUUGAACUAGCAGUUUGACACGACACAAACCCUGGUUUCCAGAGCCUAAAAAGGCCCGAUCUUGACGUGGUUUGGGGCUGGAGGACCAGCUGUAAGCAGACGCUGUCCAGCAUGUGUUGGAUUUCCGACCUGUAAAAGCUUUGACCGCAGACUCCCAAGGCCCAGAACUUAAAGCUUUGAAGACACUGUAAGGGAUUUAUUUGUCAAACAGACACUGAGCAUCUGGCGAGCUGGGAACGCAGCCAGAAUGAAUGUAUCACAAUUAAGAUGAAUUACCACUGUGCAAAGCGAUGUAGAGGAAGUCUCCCAUUAAUCUGCCGUCGAAUGCCGUGGCUUUGAUUGUAAUGGGACGGACUGCGGUUUGAGGAGCCCAUGAAAGGAGAGGGAAACUGGAAAAUCCCGGACAAUGGUUCUCGCCUCAUUUUUUUACACUUCAGCUUGCGCGCAUCUGUCAGUAUGGUCUCGUUGUUCAUCUCACAGGAGAUGAUUAUGAAUUGCCUGCUAUGGAUGAAUGGUACUUGGUGAGGAUUUUAGCCCAGAAAUCUGCCAAUGAUUAGAUGGCAGAUGAUGUUAUACGCAGAGAGGCGAUAUUUAACCUCAUGUAUUCACUUAAAGCACUUUGGUCCUUCAUAACCAUCAUAUCCAGUAUUAAACAGCAUCUUUUAACACAUUCAAUUAGUGAUACAUCAGUUUUGAGUAGUAUUGCUUUGUAUGGAGAAUUUUGUAACAUUUAAAUUGUGUUGCGGGAACGGCCUUGUCGCCCCCAGUGUACUUCCAUAUUGUAAAAAAAUAUCACAUGUAGCACACCUUUUUUGUUCUGAUGUAAUCAUUUGCAUGUAUUAACUGUUGACGGGACGUCAUGAGGUUCAAUAAACUCAUUAAUACUCA